CAUUCAUCUGGAGGCAUGUUCAAGGCCAUAGCUUCUCUUCUCUCCUGGCCUCAGGUUCCACUAAAGCAGCCACGUGGAGUUCCCUGUUUGUUGGCUAGGACUGUAAUGAUUCUUACCAAUCCUUACAAGCCCAAGAGUAAAAAGUUGUUGCUUAUCAUCAUGGCUCGUGUUCUGUUGCCUUGUGAGGUUGAAGAAUGGUGGGAGGACAAGCGAUUGUUUCUACUGCUAUCCAGUAUAAGAAGUGUCAAGGAUCUGGACCUUCUGAUCGCUUCUCACACUCGUCAAGACUCAGAACCCACAGUUCUAUCCAAGAGACUUGAGCAGCUCAGUGGUCUGGUUGUGUUCCUCAAGGACUACUGCACGAGCAGUGAGAGAGAUAUCUAUAUGCGUGAGACACUGCCAUUCAUUGCUCAGAUGGCCUCAAAACUGGACGACCUGGUACCAGAUUGUGGAAUCCCGUUCAUCAUCCAACAAGAAGCUGCUUCUCUUGUACUGGGACGCAAGCUGGUGCUUUGUCUCAUUGCUAAUGCCUUCCUCUGCACCUUCCCCGAGAGUGGCUACAAACAUAUGGAGACCUUCAGCUUCAGUCAAAUGUUUCCAGCCUUCAAAAAUGAAGGGAAGAGACUGAGCUCAAGGGCAGGCAAACUCAAGUGUAUUCUUGCAUACUUUCAGAAGGCGGCUGAAAACAAAGCCGAUCUAGCGGGAAUGAUAACAAUCAGGAGACAGGUGAUUGAGAGGGAGGACCAGCUGACGCUAUCUGAUUGGACGGCCAGCCAGAAGCCCUUAUGUAACCUAACGGUGGACGAGACACACACUAUCGAAUCAUCAGGUUCACACACUCUCCAGGUGGACUUUGCCAACAAGAAGAUCGGUGGUGGUGUGUUGCGUGGAGGGUGCGUGCAGGAGGAGAUCAAGUUCUGCUUGUUCCCGGAGCUCCUAAUCUCUCGGCUCAUCAUGGACCAUAUGGAAGACAAUGAAGCCAUUAUCAUCACUGGUGCUGAGCAGUUCUCAAAGUGUACAGGCUACGGAGACACCUUCGAGUUUGCCGGAGAGCAUGAAGACAUUGCCGAGAGAGAUGUAUUUGGAAACAUCUUGACCAGCACUGUCGCCAUUGAUGCCUACCCAUUUGGAAAAUCACCCGAGAAACAAUUCGAGCAUGAGAUGAUCCUUCGCGAGUUGAACAAGGCGUACGCUGGCUUUAUGUGCGUACAAGAUCGAGGAGACAUAUCAACGGAACUCAUUGCACUACGUAGUCAGGGACCUUCCAUGGCCUUUAUAGCCGAGUACUAUCCCAACCACCAUCAAUCCUCAACCUGGUCAUCCGAUCCUCCUCUGGGUAACUUGAACUCCUCUUCUCAGCUCAAGCCUUCUCUGGUUGAGUACCCAGGGCCCCCUCCCCUCUCUCCCAUCAAAGAGCUCAGCGAAUCCAAUCUGUUUGCCAACUAUGCAGAUGGCAUCAUAAAUAUUGGUGUCCACGAGGCAACAAAGAAAAAGACAAAAGAAACGGAAGACAGGCGAACUGUUAGCGAUUAUGCUUCCUCUCUGGUUACCUCUCUCUUCAGUGAUGUUCAGUCGAAACCGCAGCCAAAUGGUGUAACAAUAUCCGAAGACCAAGACAGUCCUGUUGAUAGAUUUGCAUCCACAGUGGCAAGCUCUCUGUUUGAUAACGUUCGUUCUUCGACUACCUCCAAGAAAAAUACCCCAGACCCUGUCAAGCAGCCAGCUGGCAUUGAUGAUCUUACGUUUUCUCUAUCCUCUGCCAUUUUGAAAUCCUCUAUGGAGUCUGAGACGAAAAAAUUUACACUCGAUGAUGCUAAAGCCGAGGAGAUUGCGAGGUCCAUCAUUGCUGACGUGUACUCUUCGUUGGAACCAACUGUCUCUCCUGAACCCUCCUCCACAAAAACUUCUGGUGAAAUGACGAACGAGUCACUGGAUUUAUUCUCUGAUCAAAUGGCUAGUGACAUUGUAGCCAGUGCUUUCUCUCAGCCAGCUCCUGGAAGCGUUUCCAAUAAUCCCACUAUCUUUAUUCAAGUCGAGAGACGAGGUUCCUCUGGAGUUAAUGAAAGCCCUAAAAGUUCUCGCUCCUCCAGUCUAACUGGACAGUCGAUCACAGUCCACGAAUUUACUGACGAACUUGCUGAAAAUCUGAUUAGAGAUGGGCUCUCAAUUGCCCAGUACACCAGUCAGAGCAUGGAGCUGAAUAUUGUCCCCCCUCAAGUGACCAAAGAAGGCGCAGAACAAGUAGCAGAGAAAGUCACUCAAUCGAUUUUGGAUAGCUUGAAAGAAAGCUCUAAAGUUGCUCCACCAAAAACACUGCUGCUUACGGACGAGCAGCCAUCAUCGUUAUCUGAGCAAGAAGCUCCAAACAUGGCAAGGAAACUUCUCAAGAGCCGACUGCUCUUCUCAAAACAAGAGCUGGCCAUUGUUGCUGCUCGAAUGUCCAAAAGAGGAUCCUUUUCCGAACUAAGUGAACACUCUGACAUCGAUACCCCCUCAUUUUCUGGUCAGCUCAACCCUCGGCUUCUCACUCCCAGUUCCUCUCGUCACAGCAUGGGCUAUGCCUGGUCCACAGCAUCCACACGAGAUGAAAGCUCUCGGCCAGUUUCCCCAACAGACCUUGAUCGUAUAGCUCUUGGUCUUGUGUCAGACCCCGAUGACUAUAUGCACAUCUUCACCAAGAUUCUCAUGAGCGAUGCCAUUUUGAGCGUGUGUGGAGAGAGGCCUAAACGUCUGCGACUAAGUCAGGUCGAUGACGGCUAUGAUGCUUUUAAUAUGAUAAUUCCAACUAGUGAAAGCACCAUCGAUUCUUACCUAAGUAAGCUAGAGCAAGCGGAGGUAUUAUCGCAGAGCUCAGGAGAGGAGGCCAGCUUUCAGCAGAAGCUCAAGACGGCACUACUUCGUCCCAUUGCUACCGGCAACUGGGGGUGUGGUGCAUUCAAGGGUGAUCGACAGGUCAAGUGUAUGCUUCAAUGGGUCGUGGCUUCAAUGUGUGACAGACCUCAGAUGAUCUACUACACCUUCAACAAUCAGGAGCUGAAAGAGUUGGCCAUGGUGACGGAGUGUCUGAUGUCCAAGAGAACCACAACUGGUCAGCUGUGCAAUGCUCUACUGGAUUACGCCAACAAGCCAGCCAAGAAAAGAGCCACCAAAGACCUGUUUACUGUGCUCAUGGAGACAAUGUAGAUAUAAUAAUUAUGUUGCGAACAGAUCUAGAAUCAAACAUUUAGCUAGUAUAUACACUGUAGUUAUAUUCAGUACUGUACUGAGCCCAGAGCCUGUUAUUCAUUGUUAGCAGUUAGCUGUUAUGUAAUGUUUAUGCAAUCAAGCAUGUCCGUAUCCAUGA